AUGACAAAUGGGGCGCUCAUCCACUGUGCAUCGUCGGUGGUGACAAAAUUAGACAUUUACACGGGGCUAAUCGAAACGUACUGCGCGGGUUCUACCUCGACUGACUCCAAUACGCCGGGUGUCACCGAAACUACAUCACUGUGGCCCGCUACCGAGAGCCCAGUCACAUAUGGAAACUGGGGAUAUUAUACAGGCGUCACAGAAGGGUUGUCGACUUACAACUCUACACUGGCCGCAUAUAACCUGGCGGGUAGCUUCUACACGGCUUUUAGCAGCCUCUGCACCAACACUGGCACUCCUAUCAUUACAACUACCACGACAACUUCAUGGAAUACAUUUGCGACGCUUCCAGGCGGUGCGACGGGUACGAUGUCGACCAUGGCCCAGGAGGCCACCUACUAUAAGUGCGAUGGAGAAAAAACCAUGAGCGUCGCGCCUUGGUGGAUCGAUUCAAACGGCGGCAUUGACGAAUCUGGAACUUUAGCGGUUUCUAUCAUUGACUCUCUGUACUCUAUAGAGAACCUCGAUACAUGGCUUUGGACUCUAGCAUUUAGAUAUGCACAUGCGACCGUCUCAUCCGCCACUAACCAAACAAUCUGGUCCAGCUCCAACAACGGGGGGUCGGAAACAUCAGAAUCCUCGGAAUUCCCGGUCUUUAGGGUCCCAACUCAAGUCCAGCUUAUUUACGGCGAUAGUUUGAAUAGCGGCGUGGGACUAGAGCGGCUGACGGGGAAGGCGGUAUUUGAGAUGAGCGCGGAAGAAGAGCUCGCGUGCGAAAUUGCAGAAGAAAUUGCGAUGGCGUUUGAAAUGUUGCUCGCUUUUGCAGCAGGGCCUGAAGCAGAAGCCGUCGGCAUCGCUAUAUCGGAUGGGGUGAGGGAAGCCGUACAGGAUGGGAUAGACACCUCUAGAUUCUUCCUGGGUUGUCCGUCCGAUGAAGAUUAG